GACUUAGGGAUGAAUUUUUCAAUUGGUUCAAACUACAACAGCGCGUCAUUGACUGAAAAACAGUUUUGCUUCGAGUCCUUGAGUGGAUCAUGUGAGAAAUUAGUUCGGCCCCUGAGCAUACAGUUUCUCAUGUUCUUGUUCAUGGGGUUUACCAUACUGAUAACAAUGAGUGGGAACCUUCUGGUCAUCACCUCCAUAGCACACUUUAAGCAGCUGCACACAUCCACAAACUAUCUCAUCCUCUCGCUGGCAGUGUGUGAUUUCCUUAUGGGGCUGUUUCUGAUGCCUGGCAGUGCAGUACGCUCUGUCCUGGGCUGUUGGUACCUGGGCGACUUCAUGUGCAAAAUCCACACCAGCACUGAUAUCAUGCUCAGUACCUCCUCAAUCUUUCACCUGUCAUUCAUCUCCAUUGACCGUUACUUUGCUGUGUGUAACCCACUGAUGUACAGGUCCAUCAUCAACUCUGUCACCAUCAUCAUUAUGCUCACCACCAGUUGGCUGGUACCCGCCAUCUUUGCUUAUGGGAUGAUCUUCUCUGAACUCAAUAUAAGAGGUAUUGAGGAUUUCUUUGAAGCACAUGUGAAGUGUGUUGGAGGCUGCCCAGUGUUCUUUAGUCAGGUGUCAGCAGCAGUCUCCGCCAUCUUUUCGUUUUUCCUUCCAGGUCUGAUUCUGCUCUGCAUUUACCUUAAAAUCUACUUGGUCGCCAGAAGACAGGCACGGUCCAUUAAGCAGCUGACAAAACAGCUUGACAAGGAUGCAGCAAAUGAGUCCAGGUUAUCUAGGCAAGAAAGGAAAGGAGCAAAAACCCUGGCGAUAGUGGUUGGAGUCUUCCUCGCUUCCUGGAUGCCAUUUUUCCUGUGCCACAUAAUUGACCCUUUCAUUGGCUACUCUCUUCCUCCACUUUUGUUUGAUGCUCUGUUUUGGUUUGGUUACUUCAAUUCAACUUUUAACCCUGUAGUUUAUGCCUUCUUUUACAGUUGGUUUAGAAAAGGCUUGAAAAUAAUCAUUUAUGGUGAAAUAUUUCAUACCAAUUCUUGUCAGAUGAGGCUGUAUGUGGAAUGA